AUGAAGUUUAUCGACGAGCUAGACAUCGAAAGAAUAAACCAAACUUUAAGUUUUGAAACAAACGAUUGCAAGAUAACCGGUGGUUGUGAUAUCUUCACCACGAAACCAGUAGCAUCAGAUAAGAAACUGUACAAGACAAUAGACCAUCAUCUAGAGACUCUUCUGCAAGAAAAUGAAAGUUACAAAGCUGCCGUACAUCAACAAAUAUUGAUGGAGGCUAAUAAUAAUCAUAACAAUAGUAAUACAGACGAUAACAAUAGUAAUACAGAAUCUCCCUCACCAUUUUAUCAAACAUCAAAGGAUAAAAACUCAUUUUGGGAACAGAAAAGACUAAUCAGUUUGAAGGCGAAUAUGAUUUAA